CAUAGGGAUUGCAUUCCCCAAUUCUUUGUAUUGUGCGACAUUGGAAUUCCCCCCACGCUUUUUCAUCCCACAUGUGACAAUGGUCGUGGCUUAUCAAGUCAUGCGAAGAAUGUCUGUGGGGGGUGUAGUAGCGAGGGAAAAAGCAGUAACUGAGAGAGCAAUUCACUUGAAAGCUCCACUCCACAAUACAGCUGUCAUGGAGAACGACAUUCCCACCAUAGAUGCCAUUUUCGUCGUCCGAUUUGAUACCCGACGAGGCAAUGUACUAGAAUGGAGUGAAACUACGCCAGGAAUGGAAAUAAAAGGUGUAGAGUUUUCUGCACUUCCAAGCGGUAUCCAUAGUCAUUCCCAGGAUGUGAUAUAUUUUCAGCUUAGAGGCUGCAUUGGAGUCGCUGUCUUCGCAAAUGUUCCCUCAGAAAACCUUGAGGAUCGAGGCGCACAAAUGGCCUCAGUGGGUGUGCUUGUCAAACCAUCAGUAGAAACUGGGCGAUGUGGACAGGUCUGGCGACAUGUCGACUUUCUGAAGAGCCAAGCAAGAGACCAUACAACCUUAGGCGCAGAAAAAGCAGAUCUCGCUAACUACUUUGCACAGCAUAAGGUGCUAUACCAUACUACAGCGUCGUCAUCAUCUUCUAAUAGACGAAGUUCUUAUCGUGCUCGCAACAUACGUCGUAUCAGUCGCUCAUUCACUCUGUCUGAGCCUUUGCAACCUCUAUCAUCGUCUCCUACAGGACAACACGAGCCUGGAGAGAUAGAUGAUAUUCCAAUAUCUCAUCCAUCUCACCAUUUCUUGCGGCUCGUCCACACAAUGGGUCCAGCAAUCUACACAAUUUGGAAAGCUGCAUUGACGAGGAAACGAAUCCUCAUUUGUACCAAGACACCCAUCGAGCCUUCUUGUCUCUUUGUAUAUAACAUCUGUUUGAUGGCAACUAUUCCACCUGGAGCAAUUUCAUAUUCACAGACAAAAUUUACGGAGCGGAUGCAGCCACUCUUUUGCGUGGGACUCCACGAUAUCGACAACAUGCAAAAUAUUCAAGGAGGAUAUGUAGCCUGCACCACGGACAAGCUGUUUUUAUUUAAGCCCCAGCUCUACGAUGUCCUGGUGGAUCUUUCCUCAACUAAUUACAAAUCUGCCUAUCCAAGGAUUUGUAUUGUUAAUGAAACACUUCGAGAGAAUGAGUUGGAAGAGUGCUGUCCAAAUGCAAUAGACAAACGUCGUUAUUUCUCUAUGCUACAGCAGCUGAAUCGGUUCCGGAGACGGCAAGAAUGGAUGCAGCGUCACCUUUGUACUGAAGCUGCGUCAACAGAAGCAUAUGAAGAGAAUGAGGAACUUAGUGAACUAAGCAGUACAGACAUGCAAACUAUUGAAUGUGAGAGGUCUUCAUCCAAGGGUGGCUUUAAUAUGUCGGAUACGUUACGAAAGAUGGUCACCGGUGGAUGGUGGUGGUGGUAUGGUGGUGAUGGAACAGAGGACGACAGCCUUGAGCCUCUAAUUACUACUCCUACAUCACAAGCGGAUUCUGAGCACCUAUCCGGGGACAGAGAUCGCCCAUUGAGUGGCGCAUGCUUGCAAGUUUUGCAGACACGAACUUGUGGAAGUGCAGAUACGGAAGCUAUCAGGUUUUUCCAUAAUUUGACUUCUACGCUACUUUCAGAUCUUGGCCGUUUGAUAUCCUUUAAGACCACGGCUGCCAUUUUUGAUGAUGAUGAUGAUGAGCCACUCAGUCCGGAUUUAGAGAACGAGAUCUCUAAUCGUCCUAUCGAGAUUUCGAUACAAGAUCUGCGCCAAUUAGGAUUAGACCCUUACAAGGAUCACGAGUUUGUUCUGGAACUGGGACGGAUCUACUUUGGAACACGUCUACAAGUGCAGCACUCUGAUUGGAACCUCUGGUGUUGCAGAGUUACGAGCUGUUGUAGUGCAUCUCGAUGA